CCGGUAUUAAAAAUCACAUGGGUCGUCCUCAAAAGAGAAGCAGUAGCUUAUUCCGUUGUUUCACUUGUAAAGGGUACAGCCAGCGGCAGGCUGGGAAUAGGGAACUUGGGGAUGGUUUGGCUCAGUUCUGGAUCGUGUUCUCUUUUAACACUAUAAUUGCCCCGCUUAAAAUCCACCGACAGGCCAUGCCUCCUCGUGGCAGAUGAUUAGUUACUAAGUUAGCACUGACGAUCCUCAAAUCCUCCUUGGCACAGUCAGGGGCUGAAAGAGGCACUGACUUCUCCCUUUUUUCCUGUGUGUGUGUUCCACUAGAACGUUCAAAACUGUUUCUCCAAAGGGUUUUGCAGAAACUCAGACUGUUUUCCAGAGCAGAAGCACCACAGUCCACAGUGGAAGCAAUGGGCAGCGUGCGAACCAACCGCUACAGCAUAGUUUCCUCAGAGGAGGACGGAAUGAAGCUGGCAACGAUGGCUGUUGCCAAUGGCUUUGGAAAUGGGAAGAGCAAGGUGCACACCAGGCAGCAGUGCAGGAGCCGGUUUGUCAAGAAAGAUGGCCAUUGCAAUGUCCAGUUUAUUAAUGUGGGUGAAAAAGGACAACGCUACCUAGCAGACAUCUUUACCACCUGUGUGGACAUCCGCUGGAGAUGGAUGCUACUUGUCUUCUGUCUUGCUUUCAUCCUCUCAUGGCUAUUUUUUGGUUGUGUGUUUUGGUUGAUUGCCUUAUUGCAUGGCGACCUAGAAAGAACAGAAAGACUUUGUGUCUCCGAAGUGCGUAGCUUCACUGCAGCCUUCCUUUUCUCCAUCGAAACACAGACAACAAUUGGAUAUGGCUUUAGGUGUGUCACAGAUGAGUGUCCCAUUGCAGUCUUCAUGGUGGUUUUCCAGUCGAUUGUUGGUUGCAUCAUUGAUGCCUUCAUCAUUGGUGCUGUCAUGGCUAAGAUGGCUAAACCAAAAAAGAGAAAUGAAACUCUCAUCUUCAGCCACAAUGCUGUAAUAGCCAUGAGGGAUGGGAAACUGUGCUUGAUGUGGCGGGUUGGAAAUCUGCGCAAAAGCCACUUGGUGGAAGCACAUGUCAGAGCCCAACUCCUCAAAUCUCGGAUCACUACUGAAGGAGAAUACAUUCCUCUAGAUCAAAUCGACAUCAAUGUUGGUUUUGACAGUGGAAUAGAUCGCAUAUUUUUGGUCUCACCCAUUACAAUUGUACAUGAAAUAGAUGAAGAAAGCCCUUUGUAUGACUUAAGUAAACAAGAUAUGGAGAAUGCAGACUUUGAAAUUGUAGUAAUAUUAGAAGGCAUGGUGGAAGCUACUGCCAUGACGACCCAGUGCCGUAGCUCAUAUCUGGCAAAUGAAAUCCUCUGGGGCCACCGUUAUGAGCCUGUACUAUUUGAAGAGAAAAACUACUAUAAAGUAGACUACUCCAGGUUCCACAAAACAUAUGAAGUGCCGAACACACCCCUUUGUAGUGCCAGAGACUUAGCAGAAAAGAAAUACAUCCUUUCAAAUGCAAAUUCAUUUUGCUAUGAGAAUGAAGUGGUCUUGACAGGCAAAGAAGAAGAUGACAGUGACAAUGGGGUGCCUGAGAGCACAAGUACGGAUACCCAUCCAGACACAGACCACCACAGUCAGACAGGGGUGCCCCUAGAACCUAGGCCUUUAAGACGAGAAUCUGAAAUAUGACUGAGACAAACAAUCUCCCCCUGUGGUUAUAAAAUCUAUCAGCAACAGGCAUGCUGUGCUGAGAGGUGGCCAUUUUGCAGAUGACGGUACUGUUUCACAGAAACAGGCAUACAGCCCUGAGGAGUCGACCUAGGUUGGUUUAAAGUGCUGUCUUCAGAAGAGGUGCAGCAAAAAGCAUUAACUUGGAAUGUAAAGCACUUAUGUCUAUGUGUGACAAGAAGGCACAUAUAUGUUGUAGAAUAAAUUAUGUAUAUUUUUUUACAAAACUUGAACUUGCAGGCAAGCUUCGAUUGAGUUUUAUCGUUUGACAUCUAUUUUUCCCCCCAGAAUGCUUCUCUGUUGGGAACAAGAAUGUUUUUAAUGGCAUAACAAAGGCAUGAUACUGCCUUAUUAUUACUAUUUUUAAAGCUGCUGCUAACUACAUGAACAUGAAUUGUAAUUUUUUUUUUUUGUUGUAGUGUAGCUUUUGGUUUUCUUUUAUAUCUUCAUAAAAAAGGAAACGGGAAAAACUCUCAUUGAACAUGUUAGUUUCAAAGCACUCUGUCAGUCAGUCAAAUGACUGAUAGUGCUGGGGAAUCUGAACUUCUGUUGAGGCCAGUAGUUUAGUAGAUAGAAUCAAUUUCUCUCUGAUACUAUCCAGUUACAUAAGGAGUAUUAUGUAACACAAGGCCAUGCAGUAGCCUACAGCAAGAUUAAUUUGUUUUUGGGAAUGGGGUGGAGAUUCCCCCCCAAAUCUAGGAUAUGUUUUAGUUUCAAAACUACCUAAGUGAAUACCAAAGCGAAAAAUGCACACUUUUGCACAAUGAACGUUUUAUUUAAAUAGAACAGGCUGCUUUAACUAUGUAAGAAAAAUAGGUUAGUCUCAGCCUAUUUUUCCUCCCUAAAGGUCCUUAUGUCUGGAGUAUUUUUCAAUGCACCUUAUUCAAAAACAAAAGCUUAAGAUAAAUAUAAGGGUGUUCUUUCUGCUACCCUUCACUUUUGGGGAAAUUAGCGUCUGAUUUUUUUAGAAUUUUUAUUUUAUUAUAGCAAAAGUUAAGUAGAGAGGAACAAACAUCUGUACUUUCCUGUUUGCUAAAUACCAGCAAGACUGUGGCAGAAGGUCGAAUAUUAAGUCACAUGUACAUUCCAAAGUAGUUUCUAGAUCAUACAACCAUAUUCAAGUGGAGUAGCAUUUUGGGAGGUGAUUACAAUCCAGUUAACUUUCAGUCUUUUUCUAAUUUGGUCUUGCUAGACAUAGGCAAAACUAUUUAUUCAGAGAUAGAGACUAACUUUGGUGAGAGUUGCCAGGGGAACAAAGCAACAUGCUUGUCCUAGGAGAGACACUUAGAGCCAUGGAAUAAUCUGAUGUAAGGAUCUCUUUCUCUCUGCUUUUAUUAUGGGACUCUGUCUCAUUGCCAAGGUUAGGAUGAUAGAAACCUACUGUGCUAGCUUUCUAGUUGUUGUUUGAUGAAAAAUCACAAGUUUGAAAGGAACAGUACUGUAAAAGAGUUCCCUUUUUGUUUUUAAUUACUUGAUAUGCCUCCAUGGAAUGAUUAGUGGAUGCAAUAUCUGUAUUGAAGCCUUUUGGAACUGCUACUGCAACCUUCUGCUGAACCAUGACUUUAAUGGUAUUUUUGGAUCCCUUGCCAAGAAUGCUUUAAAAACUCUCUGUGCCUCUAAGAUCAAGUGUACCAUUUUAGCUGCACCCAUAGGUUAUAAACGUAGGAGUCCUCUAGUAGGUGAGGAUUGACACCAAGGGAUCGAAAUCCAACUCUUUUACAGUAUUGGAUCUCGCUGUAUGCCAUUAAAAAUAGCUUGUUCUAGUUCUAAUGCAAUUGGAAAUAAACAUUGGUGGACAAUUGUGGCCUCCAAGAGGGAAAAUUGCAGGAAUGUGGUUUUUGGCAGAUAGCAUAAACUUAACUUUGAGCUGAGUAGACUGCAGCACUGGAUAGUGCAAAUGUGGACAGGUUGUUUUUUGCUUUAUCUUAAGCCAGAUAUUGUUUAUGUACCAUGUACUAAGGCUACAAAGGGGAAACUUAUAUACAAGGCAACCUGAUUGGAGUCUCUGGAUCAGAGAAACGAUGAAAGCAUUUGAACAUGACUCCUGCUGCUAUUAUGAUAUUCUUGCUAAGGACAAAAAAAUAAAAAUAAAAGUGCAAACCAAAGAGUAUUCAGUGACAUACGAAACAAAGAACGGAGGAAACGUCUCCAAAAUGCACAAAGUUCCCACUUGCAGGUCUUGCGACAUUAAAAGAAAUGGUGGGUUGAGAAAGUGUUGAAUAUUCUUGUUUAAAAAAACCAAAAAACAAGAAAACA